GAAACAGUUGUGUAAACAGAACCGCCCAAAUAAUUAUAACACCGAACAAUGACGAAAUAUUCUCAGUAAAACGGGAUAAAGAGAUCUGACAGUUGAUCUGACACUUUAACUGUAGUAACUACGGUAUGUGGUCGGAAACUACGGUUAGCAUUGCAUAGCUGUCAGUUCAAGCAUGAUCGAAUUUUAACGCUUUCUAAGCAACUGUUUCUGCUUUUCAGACAUGCGUGACGCGUCACCUGGGCUCGGUGGGUGUGCCCGGUGAACUUAAACGUCACACCUCCGACGACAUUCGGGUGUCUGUACCGAAUCCGCCGCGGAGAAGCGCGCAGUAGCUGUAGAACGCACGGACGGAUCCAGAUGUGCGACUGUUGAUGUAAGCGAGCCUUCCGCGCUGAUCUCAGGGAAUACAACGCGUCAUGGCUCGGGUCGGUACUGCGGCGGAACCGGACGAGGACUGUUUUGAAGAUGCUUACGAUCGCAUCCCAGUGGCGUCUAAGAUGGACUUGCAUACUUCUAUCGAGGAGUGCACUAUGGCUCUGAACCUCUUUCUCAAUAACAAGUUCUCUGAAGCGCUGGACCUCCUCAAACCCUGGUCUAAAGACAGCAUGUAUCAUGCGUUGGGCUACAGCAGUAUUCUGGCGAUGCAGGCCACUAUGACAUUUGAGCACAGAGACAUUCAGACCGGUAUGGAGACCAUCAAAGAGGCUUUACACACAUGCCAGAGAUUCAGGAAACGGAGCUCAGUGGCACAUUCCAUCUCAAGCCUGAUGAGCAGACAAACACCAGACAGCCUGAAAGAUGAGGAGAUGCAUGCAGAGAUCUGCUAUGCAGAGUGUCUGCUGCAAAAAGCCACACUAACAUUUGUACAGGAUGAAAACAUGAUUAGUUUUAUUAAAGGAGGAAUCAAAAUACGCACAAGUUAUCAAAUCUACAAGGACUGCCAAAAUGUGUUGAACAUGUCUCAGGGAGUGGGCAGAGACAGCGAGGCCUUCAAACAGUUUGAAGGCGGAGUCAAGAUGGGGAUUGGCUCCUUUAACCUGAUGCUGUCUCUGUUACCUGCACGAAUCCUUCGACUGCUGGAGUUCAUCGGCUUCUCAGGAAACAGAGAGUUUGGUUUGUCUCAGUUGCGAGACGGCGCCAGCAGUCCCAGUCUCAGAUCUAUACUGUGUAUUCUGACGCUGCUGUUUUACCACACUUAUGUCUGUCUCAUACUGGGCACUGGUGAGGGGAACCUUGUGGAGGCAGAAGCUCUGUUAGAGCCGUAUGUAGAAAAAUUUCCUAGUGGCUCAAUAAUCCUGUUUUACUCCGCGAGGAUCACAUUACUGUGGGGAAACUUUGAGAAGGCAGUAUUGAAGUUUGAGGAGUGUGUCUCAGUGCAGCAACAGUGGCGUCAGAUUCAUCAUCUGUGUUAUUGGGAGUUGAUGUGGUGUCACUCGUUCCAACAGCAGUGGAAAGAUGCGUAUCGAUAUGCUGAUCUGCUGUGCAGAGAGAGCCGCUGGUCUAAAGCCACCUAUGUGUAUCAGAAAGCUGCUAUACUCAGUAUGAUGUCCGAGGAAGACGUUAAGAAGACUGGAGAGAAUAUAGUGGAGUUAUUUAGGCAGGUGGAGGGGUUAAAGCAGCGUUUGGCCGGUAAGUCCAUCCCGACUGAGAAGUUUGCCGUGAGGAAAUCACGCAGGUACUCGUCACCUACGCCAGUCAAACUGGUGAUUCCUGUACUGGAAAUGAUGUAUGUGUGGAAUGGCUUCACCAUCGUUGGCAAACGUGCAGAUGCCACAGAGAGUCUUCUGAUCACCAUUGAGAGCGCAGAAGAGCAACUGCACAAUGACCCCAACCCCUCGGAGUAUCACCCCGAUGACACGUGUUUGGUUCAGAUGUUGAAGGGUUUGUGUUUGAAGCAUUUGGGUCGAUUAAUGCAAGCAGAGCUGUGUUUCACUCAGGUGCUCAGCAGCGAGAAGCGCAUCCGUUACGAUCAUUACCUGAUCCCUUUCACUCUAUAUGAGCUGGGGUUACUCUAUAAGCAACAGGGUGAUUUCAUCAAAGCCACACGAGCCAUCGAGGACGCCAAGUUGAAUUAUAAGGAUUAUUCUAUGGAGUCUCGACUUCAUUUCCGUAUCCACGCGGCUCUCAGCAGUCUUAAGAGUUCUCCAACAAACUCGCCUUGACGGAAAACAUUCGACACCAGCGUGAAGCGACCAAACUAACAUCAUCUGACGCUGGAGAUCACAGCCGUCUGCAAAAGAGACAAGCACAUUAUCGUACAGUCAUCAAAGCACCAAAGUCACUGCAGUCCGGCUGUAGCAAUCACUAGACAUUUAUUUCAAGAGUCGUAGAGAAAUAGAUUCACGGUAACAUUUUAAACCAAAGUCACCGCAUGCUUAUGUGAAGGAAUAAGUUCAAUAUUUUAAUCGAAGACAUUCACAAACAUACACAUGGAUCAGUAUAUCUGCCAUGUUUUCCAGUAAAAAUAUCCUUUAAACAAGAAUGUGUAAGAUAAUAAUUGUUUUAAGCACAAACCUCACCAAAUUUUCUUUGAUUUAGUCAUAAAACCUCACGAAAAAUAAACAUAUUUCAAGAUAUUAAAACUUGUUUUCCAAUUUUGCUUCUUGAGUCCAUUUUUCUCUCUUGAAGGAUGUUUAGAUAUUUUUACAGGAAAACAAGACAAAAAUACAGAUUUGUUUUUUUUUUUUCAAACUACAAUCUCUUUACAUACAUGUACCUCGAACCUGACGAUAUUUGAACAAGCGUGUUAUUGGUUUGGCUGAUUGUGUCAUUUGUUUUUCUUCUUCUAAAUAUAGAGCUGUAUGUUUGUUCAGCCAAUCAGAAAACAGCUGCUUUAAUGAAUGUAACGUUUUACUUUUCGAGAGACCAAAUAUGUUUCUGUCUGCUUGUUCGUUCAGCUGUGUGUGCCUCUGUUUAGUGUGUAUGUGCGCACAUUUAUAUAUGUGUAUUUCACCGUGUGUCUUUACCAGAAUAUUUAAUGUUGUUUACGGAAGCCCUGAAACACAGUUAAAAAUUUCACUAGGUGAAAAUUGUUUUUUACAUUUUGUUAGUGCUUUCCUGAGCCAACUAUUGUCAGACAACUACUUUUCUCUCAAAUACAUUUUUUUUUCUUCUCUCAAAUACAUUUUUGUUUUGUUCUUAUAAAAAAAAAAAAAACAAAUUCUCCCAAAAAAAUUGUUUUCUCCUGAAGAGGCAACACAAUUAGCAUGCAGUACCAACCUCGGCCACCAGAUGCCACUAUCAGUAAGCCUGAAAGCUUAUAAGGUGACAGAUGGCAGCUGUGGUACUUGAUCUGUUUUUUUUUUGUUUGUUUUUUUUGUUUGUUUGUUUUUUCUGAGAGGAAAAGAAAAUUGUUUUGUGUGGGAGAAAAAAAGUUUUGAGAAAAAAAAACAAAUUUGAGAGAGAGAAAAAAAAUAUGUGUAUGACAUAGGCUCAGGGAGGCACUAAGACACCUAAAAAAACAAAUGUUCACCUAGUAACUUUCUUUCUUUCUUUUUUUUUCACAGUGUGGUUCAUGGCUUCCUAGACCUACUUUUUAUGUUUGCAUGCCUUUUAGAUGUGUACUGUUGACUCACAGCAGUAUUUGUACUGUCUAUAGUUCAAAAUGCGCUGCAAUUAGAGUCUUAUUGUAAAUUAUUAAAAACCUGCUGAUUUGAUUAAGAGUUGAACUCUUUCAUUUGAAAGCAAUAACCAGCCAACAAUCAUGCUGAAAAGUCAUACUGUUUAAUUUGACAAUAAAUAUUAUUAUUAUUAUUAUUAUUAUUUUAGAAAUUGGUUGUUUUUAUUAUUGCUAAUUUAAACUGAACUGAGUUUUUUAAGGUUGAUACGUGGUAUGUAGCGAGUUUGGGUAUUGAUUUUAUUUGCGUGUUUGGUUCUGUAUUUGGAUUUGUACACGUAUGUUCAAACUGAUGUUUUCAUAAUUACCAAAUAUGUUGUAUAACAAUCAAAUACAGUUAACCCCAUUUUACAAGCAUAAAUUGUUUUUAUGAAAAAACAUGUAGUUCUGAAGUCAAAUCGAACACUAACCUUUUCUUCAUCGGGUGUUUUCUGCGGUCCUAUGACCUUAUGAGGUCUCGAAAGAGGCGCAGAUUUUGUUUGGAAAACAUUUCCUUCGCAAAACAUUUAUGCAUUUUUUUCUUAAGCUUGUUAUUUGUGUAUUUCAUCAAACAAGCACUUUGCGUGCGGGACAACUGCACAACUCAUGAAUUCAUUUUCGCAGAUAAACCUCAAAAUGUAAAAAAAAACUGUUUCUAUGUAUUUUAACUUGUAGUCACUUUUGAGAGUUAAAUGUUACAGAGUUAUAGAGUUACAGUUCUGUUUGUAGUUAUAACCAUGGUAAUUAGGGAUGCACCAGUGUAUCGGCUACCGAUAGUUUUCGGCCAGUUAUUGACCAAAGUAAAACCUUCAGCAUAUCGGUUAUAAGCAUGAAAACGUCGAUAUCAUGGUCUAUUUAGAAUUAAUCAGUAACACACUUUAUAAAAACUGUGUGAAAUACAAUGCACAACCUAAUAAUAAUAAUAAUAGCCACAUUAUGUAGAAGGGUUGGCACAGAACAUGUAAUAUUUCAUUUUUAUUCUUUCUCAUUCUCACUGUAGGCUACAUAAUGAGGGAAACCAUUCAAAACACUUUGAAACCAGCAGACUUUGACUUCUGAGACAUCAGUAUGAUAUCCAUUGAUUGAUUGAAUUAAGAUUGAUAUCACAAUAUGGCCUAGUGUGAUUACUAAACCUUAAAAGGCUGCGUUUAAAGGGGUCAUGUCAUGAGGAAUCAAAUUUUCCUUGGUAUUUUGACAUAUAAGAGGUCUUUCUACUAUAAAAACAUACUGUACAUUUCAGAACUUAAAACUGAAUCCCCAAUGCAAUAAAAGCAUUUAUUGAAACCAAGCUGCAAAAACGCCUCGUUAUCGACUUCCCUAUGUCAUUAGGAGUACAUUAAUUCAUGACCACCUCUACAAGAAAAAAACAGCUAUGCCUGCUUUACAUCAUCACACCCUUGGCCCCGCCCACUGGUGCUCUGUUCGUACUCCGUGAGAGAGAGCAGUACAAACAGGCCUAGUGUGGCCAAACUAUUCCUGAACACCAAAGGGGACCCAUCUGAACUAUUUUGAAUUAUUUUGUAUAUAAACAUGCACUAGACAGACAUCUUUGACCAUCUUGAUGCAUUUCUGGCGAUGUGCAGGAUGAUACAGUAUGUGUGUGCGUCUAUUCACCAUGCUUUGGACUAUAUGUGCAGUUUUUUGUUUUGGCUCAUAUAAGUGUGGAUUGCUUGUGAACCAAUAAUUAUACGAUUCAAGCUUUGCAAACUGUUGAGAGGAUGAGACAGUUAAAAACACCAUUGGGCCCAAUCUCAAAACCAUAGGUAAACAGUUCCAUUCUGUUUUAUAGUUAAUUGCGCUGUUGUAUUUACAGUAAGUGAACAGUUUAAUAUAUUCGGAUGCAAUGUGUUGGAUGUGCAUUAUGUGUAAACCCUGACAUUUAGUUUUAUAAUGUUGUGGAGCUUGUUCAUUCCCUUCUGAUUGAGUUUCAAAUACGGCUAUAUUCGAGGGGCUGCACGAUGUUAGCCAAUCAUAACAGUGGGCAUUUACAUUGUACUUUUAAGGACACGCUUACGCCAAAACUGAGCGUUUUGGACAGAGGGCCAGAGACGGUGGAAAAUGAUCAUAUACUACUAAAUAAUGAUUUGUAGAUCAGUUUUGGUGCAAAUAAACUUUACUAACAUUAUCAUAGAUAAUACGAUUCUAAAAAAAAAGAGUAUGUCAUGACCCCUUUAAAAUAUAGUCUGCAUUCAGCGCUCCAGUCAGCACUGUGUGAGCAAGCGGCGCCCUCUAACGGUCUGGACAGCAUGAUCUUAUAUACCACUAUAAUACCAAAUUUAAAAGGGGGUUUUGUUCCUUUGGUUAAAACUUUUCCUUGAUGUGGUUGACAUUUCUGUGGAAUUGCCUAACAUAUCCAUAAUACGAAUUUAUAAUGUGAUAUCAUAUACAGUACAUACAUGUAAAAUGUGAGUUCUCUUGUUUUGAACUGCAAAAACAGAAGUGCAAAAAUGUUUUCUUAAUAUCUUAUAUUUAUCUUUAUUAGAUCCAAUCCAUGUUCAAUGGAACUUAUUUAUUGUUAAAACAGCUUUUGUACCUCUUUGUUCAUUUUUAAAGCAAAAUUCCACAGUAAAACAGUUGACAAAAUAGAAGUGACAAAAUAAAGUUUCGGUUUCGGUAUCUGCCAAAAAUGUUCAUUUCGGUGCAUCCCUAAUGUUAAUACUUUAUAAUGAUAUUAGGUGCCUUUCAUACUUUAUGUAUGAGAAGUUUUUAGUUACAGCCAAACAUAAAGCCUAUAUACAUUUAUUGAAUACAUUUCAGUGGAUGUUCAAUCUGGAUUCGCUUCACUAUAUUUAUUUAUUCAUCAUUUUAACAAACAUAAGAGUUAACACUGUUUCACGCCUGGUAAAUACUAAUAAAUGGUAUUAAUACAUGUACAUGUUCAAAACAAAAUGAAAUAUACAAAAUAUUUAUAAAUAUACCAUCUCUCUUUGUUUACAUCACUUCGUUGGUCUGAUGUAGUUGAAAUGAUUCCAGAAUGAUUUUGUUAUUUGUUUCUCAUCCAGUAAAAAACUGUUUACUUUGCUUCAUGUAGUCCGAUCACUGUGUGGAAAUGAUCUUUUGUUUACUUGCUGUGCCUGGAUUUCUUUUUAUUUAUAUAUAUAUAUAUCACUUUGUCUUUCCCUGUACCUGUCUGUUCAGCUUUUUAUUCUUUAUUCAUGGCAAAAUACACCAAUAAAAAACAAUUCUCGCAUUCA